GGAGGGUGUGGGGAGCCGGGGUUCUUCCUUCAGAACCGGCCCGGAAGUGGGCUCCCGCCGCUUUUCCUCGCUCCCUCCCCCCUCCCGGUGGCCGGCUAGGGCCGUGCGUGCGGGGCCCGGCGUGCUGCGAGGAGGCGGAGACACGUCGGCGCUGCUGCCGCCGCUGGUGCUGCCCCUGGUGCCGCUGCUUGUGCCGCCGCCGCCUCUCGGUCUCUCUCCUGGCGGAGCCAGGUGUGUUCGGCCCCGGCAGCCUCCGCGCCUAGCGCCAGUCUUCGGCUCGGCUCUGCCCUGCUCUCCCCGGCCCGGCCCCCGCGAUGGCGACGCGCUCGUGCCGGGAAAAGGCUCAGAAGCUGAAUGAGCAGCACCAGCUGAUCCUGUCCAAGCUGCUCAGGGAGGAGGACAACAAGUACUGCGCCGACUGCGAGGCCAAAGGUCCACGAUGGGCAUCCUGGAAUAUUGGCGUAUUUAUUUGCAUUCGAUGUGCUGGAAUUCACAGAAAUCUUGGUGUUCAUAUAUCCAGGGUCAAGUCAGUUAACCUUGAUCAGUGGACACCAGAACAAAUACAGUGCAUGCAAGAUAUGGGAAAUACAAAGGCAAGAAUGCUGUAUGAAGCUAACCUUCCAGAGAACUUUCGACGGCCCCAAACAGACCAAGCUGUGGAAUUUUUCAUCAGAGAUAAAUACGAAAAAAAGAAAUACUACGAUAAAAAUGCAGUGACUAUUACCAAUAUUUCCUCUUCUGAUGUUCUUCAGCCUUUGGUAUCCUCUCCUCUGCAAGCUGCUGCUGAGAAAAAUAAAUCAGAGAAAGAAAAGGAGAAAAAAAAAGAAGAGAAAAAGAAAGAGAAGGAGCCAGAAAAGCCUUCAAAACCCAUUUCAGCUGAAAAGCCCCAGAAGAAAGAAGAACCAAAUCUGGAAUUAAAAAAAAGUACCAGCCCUAAAAAGGCAGCAGAACCCACCAUUGAUCUUUUAGGACUUGAUGGCCCUCCUGAAGCACCUGUGACAAAUGGCAGUACUACUACUAUCACCACUACCCUGAAUGAUGACCUGGAUAUCUUUGGCCCAAUGAUCUCUAAUCCUUUACCAGCAACAGUCAUACCCCCAACCCAGGGGCCCCCCACAGUACCAGUAGCUGCCACUUUAACUGCCAGUUCUGCAGAUCUGGAUCUGUUUACUGAGCCAACUACAAAAUCAGAAGAAUCGGCAAAGAAGCAACUCUCCAAAGAUUCCAUCCUAUCCUUAUAUGGGACAGGGACCAUUCAGCAACCAAGUACUCCAGGUAUGUUUAUGGGUCCCUCAACUAUGCCAUUUACCUCACAAGCACCAACUCAGUUUCAAGGCUUUCCAUCCAUGGGAGUACCUGUGCCCGCAGCCACUGGAAUCAUGGGAAAUAUGAUGGGACAAUCUGUACCCGUCAUGGGACAAAAUGCAAGCAUGAUGGUUGGCAUGGCAAUGCCCAAUGGGUUUGUGGGAAAUGCACAAACUGGUGUGAUGCCACUUCCUCAAAAUGUGGUCGGGUCCCAAGGAGGAAUGGGAGGACAGAUGGGAGCAGCACAAAACAAGUUUGGUGUCCAGCAGACUCAGCAGCCCCCAUGGAACCUCUCUCAGAUGAAUCAGCAAAUGGCUGGAAUGAACAUCACCAGUGCUAGCAGUGCUGUGGGUUUUGGCCAACCCCCCAAUACAACAGCAGGAUGGUCUGGAAACUCAUCGGGUCAGACUCUCAGCACACAGCUGUGGAAAUGAAAACUACAAUAGGAGUUUCACCUAGAAUCAUCACCAACCUGACAUUCCUUGAUAAAUGCAUCUCGUCCCCCUGUUUAUUCAUGUACAGAUUUCUUCCCUCCUCUGUCCCCCAAGUUGUUCAUAUUAAGAAUUAAUUGACUGACCGUGUUGAUCUCUAUUGAUUAAAUUUGAUGUGGUAAAAAGCAGGUUGAGAAUCCAUACUGACGUCAUUGGCAGCUUUUUUUCAUACUACACAUGAUUUCAUAAACCAUAUUCUUGGAGAAGCUGCUUAGUCAAUUUACAUAAUCAGUUUUAUUCUCAAUAAGAUUAUAGGUCUACUGUUCACAUAUAAGGGAAGUAGUUAUCAUGUUAGUAAUACCUCUAACAGCAUAAACCCUGCCCCCAAAUUAGCCAGUAAUCCUGUAGAAAGGUACUAUAUGAGAAGAUGUUUAAUCAUAUAAAUAGAAUGUAAAUGUAUCACUGAACACUGUUUUCUAAUGUAUCAAAAUUCUUUUAUUUCAUCAUUCAUUUCACUGUGAUGUUGUUAUGGUGUGCUUAACAGGGAACAUGGUUAGUGAAAGGAAGAUAAACCUGGAUGUUACCACAAAAUUUAAUCUGUUCAAAGAAUAAAGAAAUCCCAAGACUUUUCUCUGAGUCUCCCACAAUUGGGAUUAUUUCUUAUGUACACAGUGCUAAACUGCAGAGCACUCCUUGCACUAGAUGCGUACAGGGUAUCUACAAAAUAGUACUUUUAAUCCUUGAAGGUAUAUCCAGGUUUAUGACAGUAAUUGUGUUUACAUUUUAUGGUGCCUAGUAUUGAUAAAAUGUUAUUUCCCUAUAUUAAACAGAUGAAUCCAUCCACUUUUCCUGUGGGUUUUAUUUCCUUAGCUAUAUUUUGCCACUGAUCUUAUAGAAAUCAUUUAGUACUGAGAGAUCAGGAACAUUUUACUUGACAAAAUAUCACUCAUUUGUUCCUAAAAACUUGUUCAAUUUCACCAAUUAAGAUGUUGGGGGGAGAAGGAGCAAGAAGAGAAGCAAGGAAAAAAAAACCAUAAAAAGCAAGUAGUUCUCUUGCAAGUAUCAUUUUCUCUUAAUGAUCUAUGGAUCUUUCAGGUGAUUGUAACAGAAAUGGGGAGGGAGAAACAUGCAAACCAAGGGGAGACAAAACAUCCAUUUUUAUACCAUCUGAUUUGUUUAUACAAAUGUCCAUCAGAUGAAAAUCAGGGCUGUUGCACUGUAGAAUAAUGAGCAAUACUUGAUUGCUUUUGUAGCCUAAGCUUCAGGAGGCGUCCUUUCCCCCAGCCAGCUGUCCUUCAUGGUUAUGCAAGCCCUGUUUGCCUCCUCAAGUUAGACUUCAAUUUUAACAGUAUCCAGGUGGUACUUUGGCUCAUUAGCUAAAUUCACUUUUUCUGUUCGAGUGUGCCAUACCAAAACCUAAGGAAAAAAGAAAAAUAUUAGUUUAAGGUAAGGAUACCUAAUAAUUGUAAAGUUAAGCAACACUGGUAAAAUGAAUAAAUACCUUGGUGCAGUUGUUUGCUUUUGGUUCCAGUUCCUCAACUGUUGUUAUCUGUUUUAGAAAAUCAGAUUCUUGCAUCCCUGGCUGGGACCCACGGCGCUUAAAUACAGCUUUUGGAUUGGACAAAAUCACUUGAAGACUCACAGCAAACCCUUUGUGAAAAGUAAAAAGAUUUUAAAGUAAA